AUGUCAAGUGACAAUAUAUUUCCCAAAGGUACCAAUUUAUUUGAUAUUUCACCUGACUCUAAACCAGUCAUAAAAAAUAAUAAUUAUUCAGCAUAUAUUCAAUUGUUAGAUAAAGUCAUAUAUGUUCCAACAGAUAAUUUAAAUAUUGUUAUCUCAGGUACAGUAAUACUAAAAUUCUAUAGAAAUUGUCAUAUUUCUAAUAUUACGUUGAAUUUUAAUGGUAGUUUUGAAUUAUAUUGGCCUGAGGGGUUGAUUAAUUCUCGAACUGGUAAAAAAAUUUAUCAUGAGGAACAUGAUUUAAUUAAUAUCGAUUAUUUUUUAUUCGGUAAUAAUAAUAAUUCGUUACCUGACUUGUUCGUUCCUUUAAAUUUGUUAACAAGUGUAAAUGUUAGUAGAAGAUAUUCAGAUUCUGCCAUAAUCAAUAAUACUAAUAAUAAUAAGUUAAAAUCUUCUUUUUGCAAUGGAAUGGUUUUUGAAAAGGGUAGACAGUAUGUGUUUAGUUUUCAAUAUAUCAUACCGAAUAAUAAAGAAAGAAACCAUUGUCUUCCAGAUUCAAUAAGAACAGACUACGGUAUUUGUAAAUACCAGCUGACUUUAACUAUGAUAUGUUCAAAUGAAAGUAAUGAUAAAAAUACCGAUUAUGAUAAGGGAAUUCUUAUUAGUGAUAACAAAAGAACAAAAAAAAGCAAAAGAAGUGGGUUUUUAUCUUUUCUUUUAUCUUCACAUUCCCAAAAAGCUGCUAUUGGAAAUCUUCCAUUGACUUUAGUUCAUAUUCCAACAAAUAUUAUUACAGAUGAUUUAGAUUCGAUUCAUAUAUUUAAUACAUGGAAGGAUUCGUUAUUUUAUGAAAUAAACAUAGGUAAUAGAAAUAUUUUAUUGGAUGCAUAUUUACCUUUAUCUAUCCACUUUAUUCCAAUAAAUAAAAUGAUUGUAUUGAAUAGAAUCAAUGUCUUUCUUGAAGAAAGAUUACAAUUUAAUUCUUUGAUCGAUUCAAACAUUCAUAGAAGAGGUAACAUAAAAAAAUAUCUUUUGUUGCAACAUUCUGAAGCCAAAAGUGGAAACCUUUUAUCCUCUUUAUAUGGGGAUAUCGAAAAUAAAUAUUUUCAAUAUGAAAUGUUUGUGCCGUACUGUCUCAACUCAUAUAAAAAAGUUCAUCCAGAUCAAAUAAUUAAUUCGUAUGUCGAAGUUCUUCAUUGGCUCAAGUUUGAAUUGACUGUCAUAUUUCAAGGAAAAAUAUAUGAAAUUGUUAUUGAUACACCUAUCACUGUUUUAAAUAAAUUAUGUUCAAAUUCAAAUUUGUUAUUACCUAGAUAUAACGAUGUUGUGUCAAAUCAAUAUCUUCAAUCAACACCAUCAUUGGCUUUUUUUUCACCAAAAACCAAUAGAUUUUUUCCAUUUGAAGUAAUCACAUCAAAUACAAUCACAGAUAAAUUAAGUGCAAAUGAUAUUAUUAUUCCUAGCAUGGUAUUAGCUGGCAAAACAAACAAAAAAAUCAAAAAUAAUGUCAAUAAUGCUAAAAGAUGCUCUUUACCUUUGAUUAACUCCUCUAAAUUAAUAAAUAAUAUUUACCAACCGAUAAAUCUAUCAUAUGAUUUGACUACUGCUCAAGCUAUGCCAAAAGUGAAUGUGAAUUAUACGUCUACUUCUGUGGAAUCUCAAAAUAGAGAUAACUUUAUCAAAGACUCAGUAAUUUCACCACCUUCCUAUGAAGAGCUUUUUAAUAAUAAAAAUGAUGGUAGUAGUGGUGUAUCUAAUACAAAUAUAACGACUACAGUUAUUGGAAAUAUAGGUUCUAACAUUCUCAAAGAUUUGAAUAAAUUUGAAUUUAAUUAUAAAAAAUCUGAUACAAACAAUGAGAAAAAUGAUAUAUAUAUCCAAAAUAAUAAGUUUGAAGUGAUAGAACAAGAUCUGUCCACUUCUCAUAUCAAUGAUUCUUGGAUACCAAAAUCCUUGAUUAAUUAA